AUGGAAUUUAUUCAAGCAUGCUAUGAAGCGUAUAUUAUUUAUUGUUUUCUAAUUUUACUAACAAAAUAUCUUGGUGGUCAUCGAGGUGUAGAAGAGGCGAUCACACGUAAAGAAAAUAUUCAUUUGGCAUUUCCAUUUGGAUAUUGUUUUAAACCAUUACCAAAUGUAAAAUGGGUAUGGUAUUUUAAAGUUGGUCUUUUACAAUAUUCAUGGAUUACGCCAAUAUGUUUAGGUAUAGCUAUUGUUUUGAAUUUAGCAAAUGUUUAUGGUAAUGGUCUAUGGAAAGUUAAUCGAGGCUAUCCAUAUAUUACAAUUAUAAUUAAUAUUAGUCAAGCAUUAGCUUUGUACUCUUUAAUAACAUUCUACAGUAAUUUGAAAGAUGAAUUAAAACCAUUUCAACCACUUGCAAAAUUUAUUGCGAUAAAACUUCUUGUUUUCUUCAUCUUUUGGCAAUCAGUUGUAAUGAGUGUUCUCGCAGCUCUUAACGUUCUUCAAAGUACACUAUGUGAUCCACAAGUCAAUGCCUAUUGUCACGGCUCAACAACAGGAUUUACAGUUGAGCAAGAGAAAAUUUUAUUAUCAAAUGGAUUGAUCUGUGUUGAAAUGUUCUUCUUUUCAAUUGCUCAUCAUUGGAUUUUCGGUUGGGAACAGUAUGCAACAAAUGAAGAACUUCAAAAGCUCAUCGAAUCUCGAUCCCCUCAAAUGACUAACAAUAACAAUGAGAUUGAUGAAUAG